AUGCGGACGCAGCUAUGCGGCCUUCGAUCAUCUGCGUCGCCAAAACAGACGCACACCGGGGAGCGGCCGUAUGCGUGUGAUUUGUGCGACAAGGCGUACUGUGAUUCAUCCUCAUUGCAUAAAAUCAGUCAUACGGGCGAGAAGUCGUUCACCUGUGAGAUUUGCGGCGUUGGCCUAUCCCAGAAGUCUGGCUACAAGAAGCACAUGCUUGUGCAUUCCGGCGAAAAGCCGCACAAAUGCCCGAUCUGUGGACGCGCCUUUACCUUCACCAGCAAUCUGAAGGCCCAUGUGCGAUUUCAUUCGGGCGAAAAGCCCUUCAAGUGCGACAAAUGCAUGAAGGCAUUCCCAACCAAGAAUCGCCUCAAUAGCCAUAUGCGUGUCCAUAAUAAGAAGGCGCCCGUCACUGCCACCAUCAACAGCAGCGUCGGCGGCGGCGGCGGCGACACAACCAAUAGCUCAGCACAGUCCCAAUCGCAAUUGUCGCCGUCGCAGCAACAGCAGUCGGAACGGUUAACGACGGUCGCUAGACGUCGCACGGUGAUGAGCGGAAGCACAAUGCCUGAUGUCAGUGAUCAGCAGGUGUCCACACACACACAAUAGCUCAGCACAGUCGCAAUCGCAAUUGUCGCCGUCGCAGCUACAGCAGUCGGAACGGUUAACGACGGUCGCUAGACGUCGCACGGUGAUGAGCACAAGCACAAUGCCCGAUGUCAGUGAUCAGCAGGUGUCCACACACACACACACACCCAAACACACACAUACACCGGAGUGAGUGAGUGAAUUUUCCACAAGCCGGUCGCGUUUUGAAGACGCUCCUUUUGAUCGCUCUGGAAUUCGCCAAAAUAAGUCGAAAAUCUAAAAAGUGACUACGAGUGAGCUCGAGAUGUGUUCAAUCCUUGUGUACUCACGGUCGGUCGGGGCACCUGCUGCUAGACGUCGUAGGCAGCCGCGUUACCAGGAGACGCAUUGGCAGAAUUGACGGCUGCGAGGGAAAUUGUUGUUGGUUCCAGUACAAUUGACCACAACUACUGGUAAGCAAUAGCAAUAGUACUCCCACGAUCAGCUGACGACGAGGGCUGCACUAUCACCAGCUGCUCAGCCAGACUGGGCGUUC